AUGCCUCACACCCUCAGCAUGCAACCCAUGCAGAUCAAUGGGAAUUUCUGCGGGUUGGUGCUGAACCAGCCGCUGGGGGGGCUGCAGGUCAUUGAGGGGCGCCCCCUGCUGGCCGAGCGCAGCGAGGGGCUGGCCAGCGUCGCUGCCUACACGUACCAGGGCCACUCGGUCGUCUUCCUGGGCACCCGCGCCGGGACCCUCAGAAAGGUGCGGGUAGAUGGCCCCCAGGACGCCCAUCUGUACGAGUCAGUGCCAGUGACCCCCGGGCAGCCCCUGCUGCGGGACAUGGAGUUCAGCCCAGACCAGAGACAUCUUUACCUGCUGAGCCGCGGAGAGGUGGUGCGGCUGCCAGUGGAGACCUGUGGCCAGUACCCCACGUGUGACGCCUGCCUGGGCUCUGGGGACCCCCACUGCGGCUGGUGUGUCCUGCACAACCGGUGCUGCCGGGAAAGCGAGUGUCCCCGGGCACUGGAGUCGCAGCGAUUUGCGGCCGUGCCGGGCCCCUGCCCCCGGCUGCUUGUGGAGCCCAAUAAUGUGUCCGUCACUGCGCCCAGCGUCCUGCUGCAGCUGACGGUGCAGAACCUCCCGGAUCUGGGGCCUGGCGUGACCUGCUCCUUCGAGGGCCUGGGGCAGAGCAAGGCUGAGGUGCUGCAUGGGGGCCUCAUCCGCUGCCAGUCACCCACCCCCAGGGAGCUGCCCCCUGGUACCGGCCCCCAUGGUGACGCUCGCUCCAUACGGCUUCAGCUUCGCUCGCUUGAGACUGGGAUGGACUUUGCUGGCGCUGACUUCGUCUUCUACAACUGCAGCCUCCUCCCGUCGUGUCUGUCCUGCGUGAGGAGCCGGUUCGCCUGCCAGUGGUGCAAAUAUCGGCAUGUCUGCACCCAUGAUCCCCGGGAGUGCGCUUUUGCUGAGGGGCGGGUCAGCACCACUGAGGAGGGUUUGCAAAGGGCAGAAACUUGGCCGCCCCGUCGGGUCUUGCUGCCUCUGCACGGACAAGAAGUCCGUGUGGCCGCGGAAGAGCAUGUUUCUGGUGACCUGUCACCCAGGCAGUACGAGGGGGGGCGACCCGGGCUUGGUCUGGGUGCGAUUAAAUGUAUGUGUACCGGAGAGCGGCUUGGCACGCGUCUGGAUGGGACACAGGAAUGUGAGCUUACUGUGGAAAAGUGUAAAGCUCCAGACACCCGGGACUCCAGGGUCCAGUUCGCCCUCGAGCAGCAGUUUUACAGCCCAGGGGACUCGGUGACAUGGAGCUGCCCUGCGGGGUACCGGCCCUCGCAGCCUGACAUCAGAUGCACUAGACAGGGGAGCCAGAGUGUCUGGAGUGGGACAGCCACCUGCACUGGGGUUUGCACAAGGGCAGGAAACUGGCCCCCGUCCGUCUCUGCUGCCUCCCCACAGACAGAGUUUGCCGUUGGCGAGUGGGUUCAGGUGACCUGUCGCCCGGAGCAGUACGAGCGGAGCUCGGCUUGGGUGCGAUGUACGGAGACGACUGGGCGCGUGGAGUGGGACACGAGCCGUGUGAGCUGUGUGGAGAAGUGCCCCAGACCCCAGUGGGACCCCAGACUCCGGUUCGUGCCAGACCAGCCGUUUUAUGGCUGGAAUGAACAGACCACGCUGAGCUGCCCUGGGGGGUUCCAGCCUUCGCUCUCUGUGAUCAGAUGUGUGAGAUGGGGUCAGACCCGGAGUCACUGGAAUGCCUGGUCUGAGUGGGACUGGGGCAUCAGGCGCCGUAUCACAGAGAACGUUACCUGUGCAGUGACACCCCGGAUCAUCCCAGGGGCCCUGGAGAUUUCACCCACCACCAUCAAACUGCACUGGACUUGUGAGCCCCCCAAAACCUGCCAGGGCAGCUGGAAGAUACGGGCCCAAUGCCUGCUGGAUGGACCCCUGUCAGGCCCCUGCCAGAGACAAAGGCUCACCAGAGAGCAGCCGUUACAGGGACUGGAUGGAACAGUAACAUGCAGCUCCCUGCAACCCUUCACCUCCUACAGAGUCGCCAUCUUUGGGGGCUACCCAGCGACCGGACCACCCAGCACUGUCCUCUAUAGCCAGCAGGUCACCACAAGUGAAACAGCCCCAGACAAACCCGAGAUCGAGCUGCUGGAUCCCAGCAACAAAACCCUCAGGUGGAAGCAGCUGCUGCCCUGCAAAGGGGAGAUCGUCGGGUACCAGCUGAACAUCACGGCCUGGAGAGAGUACGACAGCGAUUUCCUCGAGGUCAAGGAGCUGCGGGUGAAUCAGUCGGUCACCAAGUACCUGCUGCAGCCCUGGAGACACGGGACCAACUACACGGUGACAAUCCAGGGCCUCACGGCUGCCGGCCUUGGGCAGGCAUCGCAUUGGGACUUUGAAACCGACAUCUCUGAGCCAGACAUCCCCGCCAACAUCACCGCCCUGAGCAUCUAUAGCAUCUCCCCAUCGAGCGGGACGGCUCUGCUCCCCCUGCAGCCCUUCCCUGAGCUCCAUGGACCCAUCAGGGAGUAUCAGAUCAUUGUAUCUGUGAUGCAGAACGGCAGCGAAGCAGACACCUGCCACUCACCAGCUCUGCAGCCGUUCAACUCCAGCCUGGAGCGCGACGUGUACCUGGCUGCCGUGCUCCCCGCGCACAACCUCACAGGCCCGACUGACUUCGUGCUGGGCGACGGGGCCCGUCACUAUGGGUACUACAAUGCUCCCCUCCGCCCCCACAGGAACUACACGGCCUUCGUCCGCAUCGUCAGCCGCUGGAAGCAGAUGGAGAAAUCCAGCUGUGUGCGCUAUGACUUCUCCAUUGGAGAGGCCCAGACUCCCCAGCCCGGGGGCCUGGCGCUAGCUGUGGCGGUGCCGGUGCUGGUGCUGCUGGCCGCAGGGGCCCUGCUGCUGUGGUUCGUGCUCACCAGGAAGAAGCGGAACGACUCAGAUGCCCACAAGAGCAAUGGGGCAAUCCCCCUGAAGAGGAAGCGAGGAGCAGGUGCAAGCAAGCUGCGCACGCAGAUCCCGGUGGCUGAACUGCUGGAGUCUCUGAAGCGGUUUAAGAGAGCGGAAAUGGAGGAGGAGGGCACAGAGGAUGAUGCAAAUCCUGAACGGCCCCCAGCAGGGCGCAAUGCGGAGUACCAGAAACUGGUCUCAGGUUUACUAGACCCAGGCCAUACCGGCAAGGAGCCCUGCAACCAGGCCAAGAACCGCUACAAGAGUGUCAUCCCAUACGAUCACUGCCGUGUGGUGCUGCAAUCCGCCAGCCCGGGAGCUGAUUACAUCAACGCCAGCUACGUCGAUAGCUACAGGAGCCCCCGCUUCUUCAUCGCUGCUCAGGGUGAGUGCUCCUGGCUGGGGACAAUGGCGGAAGGUGGGCGGGGGGUGUUGCUUAGUCCAGCGCAUGGCCCUGUCCGGGCCAGGGUAGUCAGUCCCGGCUCUGGGGGGCGCCCAGUCCAGAUGUUCUCAAGACAUGUU